AUGGCUACCAACCCGUACAGUCAAGGCAUGCCACCAUUCGAUACCAGUGACACGGCUACAGUAUCAGCAAGAUGGAAAAAGUGGAAAAGAUCUUUUGAAAUAUUUCUCGAUGUAAACAACGUCGCACUUGCAUCUAGGAAGAAAUCAUACCUGCUUCACUUCGCUGGCAAUCAGGUGCAGGAUGUAUAUUUUGGUUUGCGGGGCGACGCAGAUCCUGCAGUGCCAGUUGGGUCUGAUAUCUACAAGGAGACAAUUAAAAUCUUGGAUAAUUAUUUCCUUCCCAUGAAGUGUCUUCCUCUUGAACGGCAUAAGUUUCGGAAUCUAGCACAAUCCGCCGAAGAAUCAAUCGAGAAAUUUGUGUUAAGAUUGCGCGAACAAGGAAAUCUCUGCGAAUACGAUGACCAUCUGGACGAUGAGAUCAAGGAACAAAUCUUCGAAAAGGGGAUUUCAGAUGAACUAAGGGCCAAAAUAUUAACUAAACCCAAUAUGAGUCUAGCGGAGACAGUCGAUCUUGGACGAUCGCUUGAAACCAUUGAAAAGCACAAAGCAAGCGGAGCAACAGGGGAUAGCGAAGUGAACAAAAUCACGAGUUUUACAGGAAGCAAACGAGAGUGUUAUCGUUGCGGGAGAUUCGGUCAUUACGCGAAUGACGAAGGAUGUCCUGCUAAGAAGGGAAAAUGUGACCUGUGCGGAUUAACAGGACAUUUUAAGAAACGUUGCAAGACCAAAUCUAGAGAUUCCAGAACUCAGCAGAAAGAUCAUCGACUCAGACAGGUUAACACAGAAGGAAGCGUAAUGAACUCGGACUAUUCAGAAAACAAUUGCGGUGAAAAGGUUACUUGCGCUGUGGGAGGAGUUAAAAUUGAAUGGAUAGUGGACUCAGGAGCAGGAGUCAAUGUAAUCGACCGAAAGACCUGGGACCAUCUGAAGAAAGCUUCCGUACGGGUGGACUAUCAAACACGGGAUACAAACAAAACUCUGAAAGCCUACGGAAAUCACCCUAGAAAGGUUGCCGGUAUGUUCACGUCAGAUAUCGCAACAAAAGACAAGUCAAUUACUGCAGAGGUUUAUGUCGUUGAGGGUGAGGGACAAUGCUUGUUAGGCAAACGGACAGCGAAGCAGCUAGGAAUCCUGCACAUAAAUACAUCAGUUUGGGCUUUGGAGCACGAAGCGGACAAAAUUGGAAAGGUCAUCGGAGUUGAAGCAAAAAUCGAAAUAAAUACCUCAAUCAAACCAAUGCAACAAACGCAGUGUCAUGUGCCCAUUCCUCUUCGUGAUGGGACCCAGAAGGAAAUCGAGAGACUGCUGCAGCAAGAUGUUAUCGAACCGGCACCACGUGAUUCUCCUUGGAUAUCUCGACUUGUAGUUAGGCAGAAAUCGUCAAAUCCGUUGGACGUAAGAUUGUGCGUGGACAUGAGAGCUGCCAAUCAAGCAAUCAUUCCCCAACACUAUCCUCUGCCGACCUUCGACAGUAUCAUCCCUCAGCUCAACAACUGUAAGUGGUUCUCAAAGAUUGACUUGAGCAUUAUCGAAAGAGUCCUUUGUGGUAUCCCCGGCGUGAAGCCAUUCAUCGAUGAUAUAUUAGUGUUUGCCGGCAGCAAGGAGGAGCAUGAUGAUAGGUUGGAUGUUGUUUUGGAACGCCUACGGUCAAGCGGUUUCACGAUCAACAUGAAGAAGUGUGCCUUUGCCCAAAGUCAGGUUACAUUCAUGGGCCAUGUACCGUCCGAAAAAGGAAUCAGCCCUAGUGACGAGAAGGUAGCGUCUAUCAAAAGUUUUCGUGAUCCACGUACCUGUGAGGAAGUCCGAAGUUUCUUGGCAAAGUUUGACCGUUGUACCACCUACGAUGUAAAAGGAGAAGCCAUGCUAUUAGCUAUUGCUGAAACGUCCAAACCGACCGCUAUCUUCCUGGAAGACAUAGCCAAAGCUACUACUAACGACGAAGAACUUACUGCAGUUAAGAAAGCUUUAUUGACAGGUAAAUGGGAUGAAACUACCAAGAAAUACUUACCGUUCAAAUCUGAGAUGAUGGUUGUUGCCGAAACACUCUUGCGCGGAGAACGUCUCAUUAUACCCAACGGACUUCGUAAAAAGGUCUUACAACUCGCACACAUUGACCAUCCGGGAAUCGAGCGCACUAAACAACGGCUACGAGCUAAAGUGUGGUGGCCAACGAUGGAUCGAGAAGCAGAAAGUAGUGUACGAUCUUGCCUAGAUUGCCAAGCAACCAACGUACCCGGACCACCAGAACCUAUGUCAAUUCGUGAACUUCCUACCGCACCGUGGAGCGACAUCAGCAUGGAUAUGCUGGGACCACUUCCAUCAGGUGAUUCCCUGCUAGUCAACAUUGAUAUGUACAGCCGAUAUAGAAUCAUCGAGACUAUGAAGCAAACUACCACCGCUGACAUAUUAAAUCGAUUAAGACCUACUAUACUACGAUUGGGAAUUCCAAACAGCAUAACAACCGACAAUGCACCGAAUUUCUCUAGCGGCGAGAUGAAGGAAUUUUGUGAUUACUACGGCAUCCGAGUCAAGCACACCACUCCAUACUGGCCUCAAGGAAACGGCGAAGUGGAGAGACAAAAUAGGAGCAUCCUCAAGCAACUCCGGAUUUCGGCAUUGAAACGAUCAGAUUGGAAACGUGAUUUAGAAGAGUUCAAUUACGUAUAUUCGCUCACCCCUCAUCCAGCCACGGGCCGUUCUCCUGCUGAACUAGCAUUUGGAAGAAAAUUUAAGGACUGGCUACCUGAGUUAAAACCCGAAGACACCAAUGAGAACGAAGACAUUCGGGAUAGGGAUAUCUCAUACAAAACGGCAUCCAAAGCUCAAUAUGAUCGUGUUCAUCAAGCUCGAGAAUCCGAUAUUAGGAAGGGUGAUCAAGUGCUGGUGAAAAGUUUCGUGAGGCAGAACAAACUAUCUCCUUUGUUCCACAGGGAACCCUAUACAGUGAUUGAAAGACAAGGUAAUUCGGUCAUCAUCGAGGAUUCAAAUGGAGCACAAAUAGAUCAUCAAGCACCGGCAGUUACAACAGCAGUGAAACCUUCGACGUCAUCAAGCUUGGAGAGUGCCCGACCACAGCGUCUAACACGGGUACCAUCACGUUAUAAGGACUAUCACAUGACUUCUAAUAAAAACGAAGACGAUUAG